ACAAAGAAAAGACUACAGACUACACACAAUUCGCGCGCCAGCACCGAGUAGUAUUUUUAGCGCCGCGAACGAGUCUGAACGCGAACGCGUUUGCCGGCCGCCGACACUCGCAGGAGCGAGUUGAUUGCGUCGCCACCCGUCAGGCGUCGUUCGUGUUGUUUUCCACUCGAGGGCUGUUCGACCGCAUGGGCAAGGACUGGCGACUGUUCGUCUAUGGAGGGUUCGCAUCCAUCACCGCCGAAUUCGGCACCUUUCCGAUCGAUACCACCAAGACUCGGCUGCAGCUGCAGCAGGGUGGACUGCAGCGCUACCGAGGGAUGCUGCACGCCUUGGCCAACAUUUCCAAAGAGGAGGGCUUUCGCGCCUUGUACUCCGGGAUGGCGCCUGCACUGCUGCGACAGGCUUCGUACGGCACCCUGAAGUUCGGAUCGUACUACUGGAUGCAAGGCGCCCUCGGGGGCACCGGGACCAGUCCGGCCCUGAACGUGGGCUGUGCCGUGGUGGCCGCCGUCCUGGCCGCCUCGGUUGCCAACCCGACGGACGUUCUGAAGGUCCGGAUGCAGGCGAGCACCACCAAGGGCUCUCUGCUGGUCAAUUUCGUCGACGUCUGGCAACUGGAGGGCGUCCGGGGACUGUGGAGGGGCGUCGGACCCACGGCUCAAAGGGCGGCCAUCAUCGCGGCCGUCGAGCUGCCCGUCUACGACUGGGUCAAGCACAAACUUAGGCAGCGCCUAGGAGACACCACUGUUAACCAUUUUAGUGCCAGUUUGAUUGCAAGCAUCGGAAGUGCUGUAGCAUCUACUCCGAUAGAUGUGAUUAGAACACGCUUAAUGAAUCAAAGAAGGUUGAAGGUAGGGUCGGACAAAAUCUAUUCAGGAAGCUUAGACUGUUUACUGCAGACUGUGAAGUUUGAGGGUGUGUCUGCGUUGUACAAAGGUUUUGUGCCGACAUUGGUGCGCAUGGGUCCGUGGAAUGUGAUUUUCUUUGUCACCUUCGAGCAACUCAAGACGCUUUACUGAAUCUCCUUCCUAGUCAGGAACUGACUAACAUGCAUUUGCCGUGUUGUAUUCUAAGUAAAUUAUAUAUUUAAAUUAUUGAUGUUUUACCUAGCAAAUUAAUUGAUGGAGUGAAAUUAAAAUGCAAACUGCAAGGCAUAGUGAUAAUUAA